AUGUCUCAAACCAUUGGAAAAACCCGUCUCGCCUACUCGCGAACAUGGCACGCCAUCGACAUCGGAUCUGAUCCGCGAAGUCUCGGGCGCGUUGCCUCGUCCAUCGCAAUUUUUCUCAUGGGAAAGCAUAAACCAAUCUACGACCCUUCUACAGACUGCGGCGACUAUGUCGUUGCCCUUGGAUGCCGCAAUGUUCACACGACUGGAAAUAAACGAGCUCAAAAGUUGUACUACACACAUAACACCCGGCCCGGUAGCUUGAAGUCGAUGUCCAUGGAUCAGAUGAUUGAGAAAUGGGGAGGUGCGGAGGUGCUGAGAAAGGCCGUCAAGGGAAUGCUGCCAAAAAACAGAUUAAGAGAGAAGAGGAUGGCUCGAUUGAAGGCCUUCGACGGGCUUGAACAUCCCUACAAGGAAAACAUCGUCAAAUUCGGCGGUGAGAGCACUUCGAUUGCAGAUCUCCCUGAAGUGCGCGAGGCCCUACAGAAUGCGAAAGAGGAAGCUUUAGCGCAUUAA